UCCAAACAUUUAUCAGAAUGAAACAAUGUGACAAUAUAAGCAGUCACGGUUAUGAUUUUUUUUACAUGCAAUGUUGGUGGUAUAUAAUGAUUUCGAAGCAACCAUUUUGCGACACUUGGAUAUUAUACGCAAUAUUAGUAACAACGGAAUAAGUUUCAUAAAGUUAUGAAAUUAAAAUUGUUUUGGAUUAAUAUUUUUUUUAGUUUUAUUUCAUAUAUUGUACGCAUUGAAGCUCUAGUUUCUGAUAGUUUAACUAAGAUCCUUCGAGGAAAUUAUAACAACAUAAGAAUACCUCUGCUUUUGAAUCAAUUAUGCAACGAAUCACAAGGAGAUGAUGGUGUAUUACGAGACGCGUGUUAUGGGUGUUUUUUUCGAGCAACCAACAGACCACCAGGUUAUCCAUUGCUUUUGGCUAUGUCUAAUUGUGGAGAUCUUUAUCUGGAUAAUACUAAUUAUGGUUCGUGUCAAGCAUAUUUAAGAAAUGCAUCAAGAAAUAUCGACAUUCGAUCAAGCCCAUCAAUAAUUUAUUGUACAUUUUUGGAAUGUAUUCGUCAAGUCAACAAGGAUUCCCUGGAAGCUCGAGCAUUUUCGAAUCGAAGAUCUAGAUCAAGUAAAUCUACCUUAAUAUCAAAAUUCAACCCUUUAGCAACUUUUUGGCCACAAUAUGUUGUAGCUCAACGCGCUAUUUGUAUUAUAAAUGCCAACCGUAGAACUAUUCUUCCAUUUACUAUUAGACCUGAUGCAGAACCUAUCUCUCCUCGGUGGUAAAUAAUGAUGUAUAUAUAGAUAACCAAUAUGAUCAUUUUCAAUAUCAUAACAUUUGAAUAAUUGAUUAUAGAUUCGUACGUGUGUGGGUGAAGCUCUUGACAUGAUAUCCAAUUUUACAGUGAAUGACAUCCAACUUGCUCAACUUUUUGUUAAUACAACAGCUUGUAUUCUAGCUAAGACACGUUGUGGAAUAAUGAAU